AUGUCCGAUAUCAAUUUCAUGGUUGUCGACGGCUCUCUGGCCGACCUGGUGGCCGAGCUGACCGCGUACAUCGAGACCCUUGGCUGCGACGAGCUGGAGGCCAACUGCCAACGAGCUCUGGCUGCGGGUGAGGAGCCCAAGGUGUUUGAGUUGAUUACUCAGCAGCUCCCUCUGCUAAACAAGUCUUCGGAGCAGCAGUUUGAGUCCGUGUGGCAGUUGUGCUUGCACGUCUUCUCCUUCUCCGAGUCCUUUGAGUGGGUUGAUGCUGUUCUGAAGGCCAUUUCCGGCCACAGCAACCUGCCUCGAUCUUUCAACGGCCCCGCUGCUGCGGGCCAGGCCGUUGUUGCUGUCCUGGCCUCUCUUUUCAAUAUGCUGAGCUCCAGCCACGACGACGCACAGCUCGCAAACACCCUUCUGGCUGCUCUGACCACCGCUGAGGAGACUGGAAACCUGCAUCUUCUUGCCGGACAGCUCAAGUCCGACCAGACCGUCACAUGGAUCAACACGUGGCAGAUUGAGGCUGACGUGCGAGAUCAGCUCAUUGCCAAGAUCUACAGUGCCCUCGUGCAGCUGGACGAGCCCGCCAAGGCCCUGGCUCUGCUGGUGGCUGCUGUUGGCAACACCCAGACCUCCACCUUCCCCAUGACCUGCAAGCUGGUGCAGCAGGCGCUCAAGUCGGACCACGUGUACGACUUUGGCUCUAUUCUGGCUCUCGAGCCCGUGGAGGACCUCAAGACCACAGAACAGCGACUAUUCGAGCUGCUGACCACCGUGGCAAGCGGAGAAGUGGCCAAGAUGCAAUCUCUGGCCGCCGGAGACGCCAAGAGCCUCAUUGAGGAGAACGACUUUGAUGCGGAGUCGCUGCUCGCCAAGACCCGAGUCAUUGCGCUGGCCAACCUCGCUGCCGAGUCUCCUGAGAUCGAGUACUCUAUCAUCGCCAAGAACCUGGACGUUUCUCUGGACACAGUGGAGCUGUGGGUUAUCGAUACGAUCCGAGCCGGUCUCGUGGAGGGCCGUCUGAGCCAGACCAAGCAGUCGUUCGCUGUGCACCGGGCCCAGAAGAGCGGUCCUAUCGCCAAGGCCGACUGGGAGGUCAUCAGCCAGAAGCUGGAUGUGUGGAAGAAGAGCAUCAACGACGUGCUCCACGUGGUCAAGCAGGCCCGAGAGAACGCCAACGCGCAGAAGAGAAAAAUUGCUGCUUAG